AUGUUUCUCAAGAACUUAAAUUACUGCAAUCACAAGUGGAAGUCAAAACAAUCACUUGUUUAUCUGUAUAGAGAUUUCUCACUUUGGUCCAUGAAGAAGGACCCUGAUCUUGAAUCAGCACUUUCUAGAAACCGUAGAUGGAUAGUGAAUAAUCAAAUCAAGAACAUUAUUCUCAGAUACCCAAAUCAGGUGUUGCCUGUUAAAUGUCUUCAAAAGAAGUUCAAGACUCUUGAUCUUCAAGGUAAUGCGCUCAAUUGGCUUAAGAAAUACCCCUGUUGUUUUGAGGUGUUCCUUGAGAAUGAUGAGUAUUGUUGUCGAUUGACAAAGCGAAUGAUGUUUUUGGUGGAGGAAGAAGAAUCAGUUAAAGAAAUGCAAGAACCUGUACUCGCUCGGCGGUUAGCUAAAUUGUUAAUGAUGAGCAUGAAUCAAAGGCUUAGUGUUGUUAAACUUAAUGAGUUCAAGAGAAAUUUUGGAUUCCCAGAUGAUUAUUUGCUUAGAAUUCUACCAAGACAUCCGGAUAUGUUUCGACUUAUUAACCAUAGUGGAAGAAAGAGUUCAAUGGAGAUUGAGCUUUUAUCAUGGAAUCCUGACUUGGCAGUUUCUGCAGUUGAAGAAUCAGCUAAAAAGCAGGGUUCAGAACCCUGUUUUACAAGUUUAUUGCCUUCAACUUGGGUCAAAUCAUGGGAAAGAUUUCGUGAAUUUAACUCGACACCUUAUAUUUCGCCUUAUCUGGACUCGAGAGGCAUAUCAGAGGGUUCAAAAGACAUGGAGAAAAGAAAUGUGGGUUUAGUACAUGAGUUACUUUCACUGACCCUAUGGAAGAAGUUGUCAAUUAUGAAACUAGGUCAUUUUAGAAGAGAGUUCAAUUUACCUGAGAAAUUGAAUGUUCUGCUGCUCAAGCAUCCUGCUAUAUUUUACGUGUCAAAUAAGUAUCAGAUUUAUACUGUUAUUCUAAGAGAAGGGUAUAAUGGAUCGGAAUUGAUUGAUAAGGAUCCACUUGUUCUGGUGAAGGAUAAAUUUGGGGAGCUGAUGCAGGAGGGGCUGCAUGAGUAUAAUCAGAGGCACCAUUUGUUCAAUCUAGAAAAGAAGAAAAGGAAAGGAGUAGUUUCUUCAAGGGCGGGGAAGAGGAAGGAAGACAGCAUUGAUAUGCCAGAACAAGAUUAUGCUGAUGAUAAGCUUGGAGGUUUGUUCAACCCCGAGGAAAGAAAACGGUUUUAUAAAGUUCUUUUUGAUGAUCUUCCAUAAAAAAAAUUCUGGCGUUCUCUUUGUCAGUAGGUUUUAAGUCUCAGCAUCUGUAUGAAUUCUUUAAAGGUUGUCAAGCAGGCCAUUGCUGGUUCAUUUGUUAUUACACACCUUUUCUGAUACCUAAUUUGAUAUGUUCUAAGCUUAGAACGUA